AUGGAUAAUUUGGACGUUCCACCUACUUAUCCGCCUCCACCGCCACCAAAAAGGCCUGUGAGGCCGAAGAUAACCAUCCAAAUACCUGAUACUAUGGUACCGAUGACAUCGAGAGGUCCUUCAACUGGAGCCUCCAUUUAUCGGGGCCCACCAAGAUUCGUUGGGAUACCUCCAGGGACCCCAGGUUCUCACAUUUCAGAUCCUCAUAGUAAUCCGUAUCUUAUGAACUUGUACCACAAUAAGGCGUCCGAAUUCAUGUUCAAGCAGUUUGAAGGCUUCAAAGACUUUACAAUGAAUACUGCAAAAAGUGGUUUAAGUGCUGGUGAGAAGACUGCAUUUUGGUUUUACAACAGAUUAAAAAUGCUAUCAAGGAAGUGGUUCACGCAUCUGUUCCUUAGUUUGUGUUUGUGUCUGUAUAGUUUAGCAGGAGGUAUAUUAUUUGUGGCGUUAGAAGGUGAGUGA